AUGGAGCCGGGCGGCGAACUCGCGCUGGGCGGGACCAUCGUCAGGCUUUGUCGAGGUCCAGAUAGCUUGCAAAAUGGCUGCGAGGACACCACUGGCUUCCAACCUUGGGGUGCCGCCUCGCGCGCUGCGGCCGCGCUGCUGCCACCUCCUGCACCCAGGUUGCAGCUGGAGCUGGGAGCAGGGCUAGGGGCGCUGGGCGUCCGCGCUGCGCCCGCCGGCUUCGUUGUGCUGUCAGACAAGGAGUCGGCCGUGCUUGGCCUGGCGCUGGGCACUGCCGCUCUCAAUGCUGCGUGCUGCGAUGCCGUUGUCUACGACUUUGCGCGAGGUGCGCCGCCUUUCCGGACGGGAGUCUUCGACCUCCUGCUGGCCUCAGAUGUGCUCUUCAUGGACCGGUUGGCGGAGCCACUGUUUGCCAGCCUCGCGGCCCUGCAUGCGCCCUCCCAGCGCCAGACAGCCAUCGUGGGACACCAAAAGCGUCGGGCUGUUUUUCGAGGCCCAGAUGGGCAGCCGUGCCUGGAGCCCGAAGACUCCGCGCUUGGGCGCUUUCUGGACAUGGUGGGGCCCCACCUCCGCCGGCAAAGCGAGAAUCCGGCAGAGGAGAGUGUUGCCUUGGUCUUGGAUUGGCCGGCACCUCCUGAGCCACCUGCCAAGCGGCACUGCCAUGGUGUCGAGCCGGGAGAUGAAAAGAAAGACGUAAGCCCCGUGAACCAAACACCUAAGGGAUUGCGACUGAAUAACGAGAGUCUGCCGCAUGUCGAAGUUGUGGAAAUUGUGCUGAGCGAGCAGGCGCAACUGCUCCUGGCUGGCUCCUUCGCAUGCAUCGGAGUCCUGCCAUUGACGACCAUCUUCCAUCGCGCUUAUGUGGCCGGCGACCAUGCUAAGCUCCGAGAACUGAACCCGUGGAUCCUCCAGAAGCUGCACCUUCUACGGCCGCGGGAGGUGGCGAUGGUCCUGAACCACCUGGCCUUCCUGCAGGUCCUGGACCACUCCUUCUGGCAGACGGUUUCGGACCGAGUUCCUGAGAUCCUCAUUUCAUCGGACAUGGUCUGCCUGUCGCUGAUGGUCAACGCCUAUGCGCGCGGGGCCUUGAAGCACGAGGCCACGCUCCAAUUCCUCGCUGCGGAGGUCAUGCAAAUGGCCGCCAGAGGCGGGGAAUAUCUGCCUCCACGCACCAUUUCCAUGGUGGUCAAUGGAAUGUCGAAGCUUCGCAUUCGAGAUGAGAAGCUCAUGAAGACCAUGUCGAUUCACGCGCGGUCUGCAGUUGCAGACAUGACUGAGGUAGACCUGAGCAUGGUGGCUAAUGCCUAUGCCCGCUUGUGGAUCAAUGAUCAAAAGCUCUUCGAUGCUUUGGAGGAGCCCGUGAAGAGGGCGAUGCCCCGCUUCACGAUCUUGCACCUCACGGCCCUGGCGCACGCUCACGGACGGCUUUUGCGCCGUGACGAGGAGAUGCUCCAAGCUAUAGCUUCGACUCUUUGGCAGCGAUGCGAAAGCAGUCAAGAGGCGGUGGAUGCUCUGAACCUCAGCGCCACAAUGCAUGCUUUUGCGACGCGCCUGGCCUUCUCCAGCUCAGACUUCGUGAAGGUUGUGGAGUUCAGCUUGCCGCAGGUGAUCGAGGAGAUGUCGAUCUCGGACUUCGUACUCACCGUGUGCGCUGCGCGGCGCAUUGAAGGCCUCGCGCCUUCCCGCCGGCUAUGCGAGCCUCUUUUCCGGCACAGCCUUCACCUGCUCCGAGAGUUGCAAGCUUCAGCUGUGGUGAACAUCCUGGAGCUAGCUGCGCAGCUGCAGCAUGACAGCUCUGAGUUUUGGCAGACGAUGCUUUCCCACUGCGCUACAAUGCUGGAGACGUCCAGAUUUUAUGAGGCCCAGCACAUCUCUACCCUGGCGCUGCUGCUUGCAAGGCUUUGGAGAGGAUCCAUCACACCAAGCCAUCUCGAUUUGCCGGACGAGCUCAAGACUCGAUGCUUCGUGGCCGUCGCAACUGCCUUGCUGGAGCUGAACGGAAACAGCGACAUUGCCAGCCUGGCGGACGUAGUCGCAGAGUCGGAGAUUGGAAGGGGAACUCUAUGGGAGGCUUCUUCUUGA